CGCAGCUGUCAUUGUGAAUACACCCCUGCUGCGGCGCGCAGUGCAGUCUGGGGCUGGCUGGCAGGCGGUGAGGUGACUGUCGCAACUAACCACUUAAAAUGGAUGUCUUUCUUAUGAUACGGCGUCAGAAGACCACCAUCUUCACAGAUGCCAAAGAGUCCACCACCGUCUAUGAGCUGAAACGCAUUGUUGAGGGAAUUCUUAAGAGGGCCCCAGAAGAACAAAGGCUCUUUAAGGAUGACCAGUUGUUAGAAGACUGCAAAACCCUAGGCGAUUGUGGCUUCACCAACCAGACUGCAAGGCCCCAGGCUCCAGGGACUGUUGGACUGGCUUUCCGUAUUGGUGAUGAGAUGUUUGAGCAGUUGCAGCUGGAAGCCUUCUCCAGCCCCCCGGAGCUUCCCGACGUCAUGAAGCCCCAGGAUUCCGGCAGCACGGCCAACGAACAGGCUGUGCAAUGAGGGAGGGAGAAAAUAACGAAUGGAGGGAUCGGGGAGGGAGGGCUGUCUACAGAGAUCAGCCGAGGAGAUAUAGGUGUCGGCUGGGUAGGCGAAAUGCGCCGCCAUUUUGGGUCGGGACCGGGUAUGUAGAACCAAACCAGGUUACUACUGACCACCUUAACCGAACACUCCCGUAUUCCACACGAAUGCUUUGCAAACAUCAGUUACUUUAUGAUAAGGCCCCAACCCCCUGCUACUCUGCCUUCGGGUCACGCGCACCAUUUGGUACAAACACUUUGAGAACGUGCCUUUGACACAUUAAGUGUCAGGCUCAAAUGCGCUCAGUUGAAUGAGUGUCUGCGUUUGUUUUUGAGUGUGAAUGUGUUAUAUCAUUAUUGUUAUUACUAUUAUUCUUAAAAUGGCACGGGUGGCAUUGGUUUCUAACAAUAUAUUGGGGCUGGUUGCAUGGGUUAUGGGUCAAACGUUAAUGUGUGCAAACAUGCAUGAUCAAACCCUAUUGUAAAGAACAACAAAAUUAGGUUGAUGCUGACAUCUCUACCAUCGGAUAGCUUUUCAUCUUUAAUUAGCCUCUGUUUUCCCAAUGCUCUGGGCUGUGUUCAGAAUUGACAAACGUUGUGGAACGUUGCAGAUAGAAAUGUAAGAAGAAAUCAUUAAUUGAUCUAACGUGAUUGCUUAUUUAGUGCAAAUCGAAGCAUGUUCAUUCUGCAUCAUGUAUUUCUAUCGGAACCUUCCACAAUUGCAUUUGCUUUUUAAUGCAGCUAUGGUGAAGCCAGUUCCUAUGUGCAUUACUGAAUAGAUGUAUCUUACCCUUACUUAGACCUGCAAGGAAAACUCCUUUACACUGUCAGGCUGGGAUGUCAAACUUGGUUAGUGGAGGCUUUAUUUUUCCAUUCCUGGUAUUUCUCCAUUUCCAUCACCAAACUCUUUGGAUAAGGUAACCAGAGGUCCCACCCCUCAGACCUUCUCCAGUGGGUUUUAAGAAGAUGAGAGAUGAGGAAAGGGGGUCUAAAUGAGAAAAUGCCCUGGUGUCUGCUGCUUUUUGUUUUUUCCUUUCACUUAAGUAAACAACCAGGUUAUGGGUCCUUACAAAUUAGUUACCUUAAUUCCUCUGUUAAGUGCAAGUGAGGAACAAAAACCUGCAGAUCCAAGGCCCCUUUGGAGUGAGUUUGACAUGUGUGCUGUAAGUUAAAUGCUGUUCUCCAUUAUAGCAUGGUUAUAGCUUUUGUUUUCUGUAGUAUGGAAUUUAUUCAGUUUUCUGACACUUCACUCUUGUUUGUUUCUGCUGAGACCAAAGGCUUGGAACUCCUGGAGGAGAACCAUUUGGUUGAGGACAUAUUUUUGUGAUAUUUAAAAUAAGACUUGACUGAGAAUGGUCUCACAACAUUGGACUCUGGUCUUUGGGGUGGGCAUGCCAUGUCAUGUCACCCAAAAACGUAAUGGUGUGACAUCAGUCAACCCCCCCCAAUUAAUAAACAGCUUGUAACUGAGCUUAAAUAAAGUUUCUUUUUUUUUUUAAA